AUACAGUCAGGUAUAACAGCUGUCUGGGGAGAUUACUUGGAAGAAAAUAAAGAGCUUAUCGAGAAGCUGAGCAAGCGAAAACUGCCGUCCGUGGAGGGCAACUUUACGCUUGAAGUCGCACCCGGGAUCGUCGCGCAAGCUCGCUUGUGGCUGCCGCCGAACUUGGAUAAAUCGAAGAAAUACCCAAUGAUCGUCUACGUGUACGGUGGUCCUGGAUCGCAGCAAGUGUCUGAAUCCUUCUCCGUGAACUGGGGCAGCUACCUCACAACCAACAAGAGCUACAUCUACGCGUCCAUCGACGGCCGCGGCUCGGGCUUCCAAGGCUCCAACACGCUGUACGCGCUCUACAAGCAGCUGGGAACCGUGGAAGUGCAAGACCAGAUCGGCGUGACGCAGGCGCUGGUGAAGGCGUUCCCGUACAUCGACGCGACGCGCGUGGGCAUAUGGGGGUGGAGCUACGGGGGCUACGCCACCGCCAUGGCCAUGGCGAGGGACACCGACGGCACGUUCCGCUGCGGG